CAGCGCUCGGGGCCUUGAGCUAAAAAGCGCUCCCAGCGAUGGGAGGAAUCCCCGCGGCAGGGGAGACGCUGGCCCGGGGGUAAACACAGAAAGGGAGAGCUGGAAGGUUUUUAAGCCCCCGAGGAUACAAUGUUCGCUAAACUCUUCCAGCAGUGGAGUUUCGCUGUGUUCCUGCUGAGUUAUUCCGUGCCCUCCUACGGGAGAUCAGUCGAGGGGAUUAGCCGCAGACUCAAACGGGCUGUAUCAGAGCACCAGCUACUGCAUGACAAGGGCAAGUCAAUCCAAGACUUAAGAAGAAGAAUAUUCCUCCAAAAUCUAAUCGAAGGUGUCAACACUGCAGAGAUCCGGGCAACGUCGGAGGUGUCACCAAACCCCAAACCUGCCACCAACACCAAGAACUACCCUGUCCGCUUUGGCAGUGAGGAUGAGGGCAGAUACCUCACUCAGGAGACAAAUAAAUCACAGACCUACAAGGAGCAGCCCCUGAAGGCGUCAGGGAAGAAAAAGAAAGCAAAGCCUGGAAAACGUAAGGAGCAAGAAAAGAAAAAGAGGCGAACCCGCUCAGCUUGGCUAAAUCCUGGCUCGUACGGCGACGUCGUGACCGAGAGCCCACUCUUGGACAUCUCUGUUACUACACAUAAUCAAACUUUAAGGAGGCGCUGACAUUUUCAGCAAGAGAUAUUUGGAAGACACAUUGCAGUAUUCUGUAAUAGUGAACAUAUGGGAAGUAUUAAAAUAUUUAUUACCUGUAAAUAUUGUAAAUGCUCAGAAUAAAACCUUUUCCCCCCAUUGCUCUCUGAAACUGCACAUUUGGUUAUUGUGAAUUUUCCUUUUUUUUUUUUUUUGGCUAAGGCUAAGACAAUUAUUAUUGUCCCAUUUACCAUAAUUUAUUUUGUUGACUGGUGUAUUUAUUUUGUGAACG